AUGAGUAAACAAUCAACAACAUCCUCAUCAUCAUCAGUGUCGGACACAAAUAAGAACAAGAAUACAUCCGAUUCUUCUAAUACACUGAUAACAGUUAGUAUUGCUUCGCCACCCGAAAAGGAGAGUAAAACACCAUCAAAAUCAUCAUCAAUUCUUCCUUCUACAACAUCAAUAACUUUUGCCACUACGGCCAACAAUAAUAUUAAUGAAAAUAUAUCACCAGCAACACCUAAUUUAAAAGGAGCAUCACCUUUAAAAACACCACCUAAUGCAGUUUCUAGAACGAGUAUUGAUCGUUCAUCCGAUAUAAGAACUUCUAUUGAUCGUGGAAAUGUUCAAGGAGGAUCAGUUAGGAAGAAUUUAUUUAAUUUUGGAUUUGGACAUAGUACAAAAAUCAUGUGGAAUAGAGAAAUUACUAAACACAUUCUCUUGUUUUUAAUUCCAAUCAUUUCGGAUAGAGUGGAUGUUGCAGAAAGCAAGGGUAUGGUGAAUAACAUUUUUCAAUCAGCAAUGAAUUUGCUUAGUGUAAAUACUACGUCGCAUUCUUCCAGUAGAAGAGCUCGUCGUCCUUCUAAAAUAUAUGGAAAGGGUAUGAUAGGAUUGAUUGACUGUGUGACUGUUAUGAGAGAUGUCAUUCAUAGCUUGGAGCUUGUCAAUAAGGAUUUCUUUUUUGUUGUGAGAAGGCACUUUUCACCAAUCUUUUAUGCAGAUGUUUUACAUUUAAAGUUUUUGUGGAUGACAUCAGAGGAUACCAAUAGGCUCAUUCUCAGAGAUAUUAGAAAUUACGUUACCGAGCUGAAACACAUAAGUGAGCAAAUGCCAGAUAAGAAACCUGAUAAAGCAAUCUCACUGACAGCUCUGAAAAACACUGAUUACUUCCACAGACAAUCAAUCAGUGACAAUAUUUCACAAUCCAAUCCAACAGACUAUAAGGGUUUGUUUUCAAAAAUUAAUCACGCAUGGUAUUUGUACAGAAAUACAGAAAUUGAAAAAGGAAAGAGGAAACAUCCAUCCAGAGUACGCCACGGCAGAUCUCAAUCAUUCAAUGUGACGAAUAGUUUCGAUUAUCCAAGUAGUGCCAAUUUUGGUUCUUUAGCUUCUCCAAGAACUCCAUCAAGAAAUGGAAGUUUUGUAAAUAAUAAUACCAACACACUCACUAACCUUACUUCUACCGAUUGCAAUAGUAACGAAGAACUUACAGAAUAUUCAGGCAGAGUAUCACUUGAUCAAUUAUCAGAUACUACAAGAGACCGAGGAUUGAGCAAUUCAUCAUCAAAUUCAAAUUUACUAUUGCUCCCUCAUGACAGCUUUAAUUUUCCACCAACUCCCUCUCAUAAUACAUCAAUGGGCUCCAUUCCAACUACACCACAAAGAGGUGGUGCAGGCGGCUUAACUGCCACUCCUUCACGAGUAUCUCACAGACGUACAUACAGCUCCAAUAAUACUCUCGAUUAUGAAACCAUGUACAAAACAUUCAGAAAAAGUGAGGAACAAAUUGAGGAAGAGGAAUAUUUGGAAAAUGACAAGUUCUCAACAGAAUCUCAAUCUCGAAUCAUCAGGGUAGCAAUCAUGGGAGACAAGACAACAGGUAAAAGUAUGCUCUCAAUGAAAUUUGCUCACAGAAACUAUGACGAAUUCUUUGAGCAUAACCCAGAGGAUGAUUUGAUAACUAUUGAUAAUGAAACUUAUAGUAUUGAUAUUUUUGAUACACCUGGACAAGAUGUAUCUGAUAUACUUUUAGAUUACAAUAUUAGUCAUUUUGAUUUAUUCAUCCUUCUUUUUGAUUUGACUAAUUCAGAACAAACUCUCCCAUACACUCAAAAGAUUAUUGAUCAAAUUCUCAACAGGAAACAUUUUCUCGAACUCUCACAAAUACCUAUCAUUAUUUGUGGUAACAAGUUAGAUAUUAUGGACGAUGUUGCUGAACACAUUUAUAUUAAGGAACAAGUGGAAGAUAUCAUCAAGAACAAAUUUAUCUACAGCUCUGUUCCUCCAAUCUAUGUUGAAGUGAGCAGUGAAACUGGAGAAAACAUUACCAAUAAUAAGGCACUAGAACAAGCCAUUGUCCAACAGUACCACAAGUGCAACAAAUUUGGAAAAGUAGCCAGAACCAUCGAUUGGAACAGUUUCGUCAAGUAUGUCUUCAACUUUGGUGAUACACUUCACGUAGCCACAGGACCAAAUAAUAAGGACAAGUGUUUGGUCAUGUAA